GCAAUGUCCGGCCUGGAGAGGCUAGCAGAGAUGAUGGAGAACCCCGUCGGCGAUGACGACACGGAUAUCAACCUCCUACAGCAGCUGCAUGAGCUCGAGGUGGGUGCGCAGUUGGCCAUUGAGCUCUGCGAAAAUCGUCGGAGCAUGUUACGGAGGACCUUGGCCAAGGUUUGCCCGAGCUGCUCGGAAACCUCGAAGUUCUGGAAAAACAAGCCGCCCUUGGUACCGCCAAUCCACUUUGAGGACUACUUCUGCUGGCUUCCAAUCCCGGCAGCCAUUGCCGAAGGAAUGGUUAUGAAGCAUGGCCACGUGGACCACGUCCAUUGGGCCUUCUUCGAGGGUCAUAUUGCAGAGUUCCGAACUUUCCUGCGGAAGGCGCUGAGACGCCAUACGCCUGGCCGCCGGAGCGCCUAUGAGGCCAUACCCCAAGAUGCCAGCGCUGAGGAGCUGAAGGUGUAUCCAGAGGCUGAGAUGGACAGCACCAUGGGCAUGAUCCAGCGCGACACCAACCAGUUCUGGCACUACCUCGCCUUCCGGCCCGUGCUCAGUGGCUUACACGCGCAGGGCGAGCUCUCGAGACAGGCGCUUUGGAAGAAGCGGAUCGUGCACAUGCUUGGCCAGGACCACCCUGCAUCAUUGCUGCUGGAGACAGAGAGUCCCGACUCUGCGCGGUCUGUCCUUCUGCAGCCCUUGGUGUCGCAGAAGCCGCGGAGGCAUCACGUCUCGGAGGCCAUGCGCGAGCUGUCUGCGCCAGGGAGCGGGCUGCAGCCCUCUCAGUCGGCCCAGGCUUAUGACCCGCACUUGCAGCUUCCUGGAGCACACACAUCGCCCCAUGGGCAAGCCAAGCCUUCUCAUUCUUUCUCCAGAGAAUCCCCGGCGGCAUCCCGAUCUGGCUCCAAGAACAGCGUGGCCUACUUCGAUGUCCAUGCUCGUGAAAUCAGUAAAAGCGCGCCACUGCAAGGUUUCCGGGGCACGGACAACGAGCAUCAGCCACGUCUG